ACCGCCCUCUGCCCGGGUGACCGGCCCGCCGCCGCCGCCCGAGACCCAGCUUGGCACCGCUUCCCCCGCCCGCGCCGCCGCCGCCACCGCACACACGCGCGCGCUCCUCUCCAUCUUGCGCUUCCCUUUCUUCCUGCCGACCCCUCCAGCGGGGCUGCGAGUUUGCCUGGAUCGCGCCUCUACUCCGGCGCCUCCUUUUCUUCUCGCUCGCCUCCGCCCGCUCUCAGAUCGCUGCGCGCCCCGCUGCGUCCCUAUUCAUUGGCGUUUGUCUGGCCCCCGCUCGCUCGCGCCCCCCUCCCGGUGUCCGGACCCCUGCUCUCUCCCUGGAGUGGCGCGUCGGGGGCCGCGCCGCUGGCCGCCGUGAUGCUGCACGUGGAGAUGUUGACGCUGCUGCUCCUCGCGCUGUGGAUGUGCGUGUGCAGCCAGGACCCCGGCUCCAAGGCCGUCGCCGACCGCUACGCCGUCUACUGGAACAGCAGCAACCCCAGGUUCCAGAGGGGCGACUACCACAUCGACGUCUGCAUCAACGACUACCUGGACGUCUUCUGCCCCCACUACGAGGACUCCGUCCCGGAAGAGAAGACGGAGCGCUAUGUCCUCUACAUGGUGAACUUUGACGGCUACAGUGCCUGCGACCACACGUCCAAAGGGUUCAAGAGGUGGGAGUGUAACCGGCCUCACUCUCCAAACGGACCGCUCAAGUUCUCCGAGAAGUUCCAGCUCUUCACACCCUUUUCUCUAGGAUUCGAAUUCAGACCAGGCCGGGAAUACUUCUACAUCUCCUCUGCAAUCCCGGAUAACGGAAGGCGGUCCUGUCUAAAGCUCAAAGUCUUUGUGCGGCCAACAAAUAGCUGUAUGAAAACUAUAGGUGUUCAUGAUCGUGUUUUCGAUGUUAACGACAAAGUAGAAAAUUCAUUAGAACCAGCAGAUGACACCGUCCAUGAGUCAGCCGAGCCAUCCCGUGGUGAGAACGCGGCACAAACACCAAGGAUACCCAGCCGCCUUUUGGCGAUCCUGCUGUUCCUCCUGGCGAUGCUUUUGACAUUAUAGCACAGUCUCCUCCCGUCACCUGUCACCGAGAACAUCAGGGUCUUGGAACGCCAGAGAUCCACCUAACUGCUCAUCCUAAGAAAGGACUUGAUAUUGGUUUUUUCUUGGCAGAUGUCAGAUUUUUUUUUGUUGUUGUUUUGUUUUCUUUCUUUCAGCCUGAAUUCUAAGCAACAAUUCGGGGCUUGCGGGGGUGGGUGGUGGUGGUGGCGUGCUUUAGUAGUUCCCGCCUUCCUCACCCCCACCCCGGCCCCUGCCCCUGCCCUCUCUCACCCCUUUCCAAAUUGCACGGACUCCAGAUGAACAUGCCAGAUUGUGGGAGGGACCCCAGUGGGCGUCCGCUCCUGUGCGUCCUCCUGCGAGUGCUCCCCCGCCACCGGUGCGCACGGGGGCGGGGAGGCCCGGGGGGUGUUCCCUGGCCCAGGAUGCUCAUGCCUUCUUAUUCGGGACUGUACGUCGCAGGGCACCGUGUCAGCGUGUCGAGUCCAGAGGGGAGGUAUUAAGGACAGAGAUCAGAUUACACCGUUUCCUCUAGGAGCGCGUACACACACAGGCUUCUCAAAGGUUGAGACACUGGUUUUUUUGUUUGUGUUUUCUUUCCUUUACAGGUGACUGUCUUAAACCAUUCUUGGCAGCAAAACUUGUGCUCCGUAAAGGAAGCCUUUGGGCUGGGAGGCGGGUCAGGGGCCGAAUGCUAGCACAGAGCCCGCGAGAAAGCAGAAAGCUAGGCUGGGUGGGGAACAUGCGCGUGUGAUGAGUGCCUCUAAUUUUUUUGGUGACUGGGCAGUGCACACCAGAUGAUUUUGGUUUUUUUCCUUUGAAUACAGAUCACCAUGGUGCUACAACCUUUUUUUUUUUUUUAAGAACCUGAAAGAGGCAUUUUUACGAAUAAAGUGACCUUCCCCGAGGCUGAGAAGCCAGGGUCGAUGAGUAUAUUACCGAAUAGCUUUGGAUACUCCUCUGGGGGACCACGUGUACCAAGGAAAGGCUGUCAGGGGCCAGAGGGGACGAAAUUUGGCUUUGCUGGAGCGCCAGUGUGGUGUGGCCUUUCCCCGACUCCCAGCCCAGUGCCCACGCUCGGCUCCGCACUCCACAACUCCGGCGCACACCCCUGCUCCCGGGAGAGUCAGUCUGUACUACUUGGGAGGGCUAAAGGGAAAUUUGGAAUAAAGAUUCCAAACUGUGGAAAGAGAAAAUUCAAGAGUUGAUUUUAUAUCCUUUCCCUUUCUGAUACAGCCUGAAGCCUAGGGGGAACAUGUGUUUAUCUGUGGGAGAUAAACAGGAUGGAGUCCCAAAGACUUUAACAAAAUAUUUUUUUAAAAAUCCACUAGAAUAGAAAAUACAUUAUUUAGAUAUACUUUAUGCUGAGAGUGAGUAUAUAUGCUUGUCCUAUUUAAACUUGUGAGAAAAAAAGUGGUAUCCCUUGAUACAUUUAGAAAUAUGGGGGGUUAUCUUGUUUCAUUGUGGGGGUGGGGCGAGAAGAUAGUAAAUCAGCCAACCGGGAUGUUACCAGGAAAUGCAAGCCUUGGGGGUUUCUACUGCAGAGGGUGUCACGAACUUUGAACUCCAAAAGCCGAGACAGGGAAAAGUGUCAGACCCAUGGAAAAGAAAUCAAGCCUUUUUUUUUUUUUUUUUUGCUAUGGCAGGACACGUCAAUAGAAACCAUGCCUUUCAAAACAGAACCAAUAAAAUGCAAGGAUCAUGUAAGAUGUGAAAAAUUGGAAGCAUUCCAGCACAAUAUGGAUUUUUAAAAAAAAUUUUGUUUUUAAUGUACAUGUUAAAAAAAGGGGGGGUCAUAUUAUGUACAGACUUUAUGAAUGGGAAUUUGCUAAAGAACUGUGCGUAGUUCUCAAUUAGAAAAAUAUGUGAAUGAAAGACAGCUGUAAAGGUACGGCACCCUGGAGAGUUGUACACACGUUGGAAUGUACUCUGGGCUCACCCGAUCCAUUUGGAGUGGAUAUUCAGGCUCCGUCUGCUCACAUGUGGAACCGUGUGAGUAGGACUUGGAACCGUGUGAUUGCGGGUGCCAGCCUCGCAGAUGGAACCAGUCCUGUUCCCCCAGACACCAGGAACGUCUCUGGAGUGGCAGAGUCUUAUCACAGAGAGCAGCCACCAUUUCACUGAAACAAAAGUUCACAGCAUUGGAUUUUUUUUUUUUUUUGCAUUAACUAUUUAUAUACUCAGGACUCUCAGUAAUACUCAGUAAUAUUCUUUUCUUAUUAAUAGUUACAGGCUUGUUGGUCCGGUGGGAUUUGGGUAAGGGGGGAAAAAAGAUACCUUCUAAAAUGGAUCAAUAGUCAGAACCAAAAUCAUACUGCAUGUUGUAUGACUGCAAGGAAAUCAAACGAUCCUGUAAUGAUUCCAGUUUAGUCAUAGCUACAUUAGCAGCGCUAAUUUCAUUUUAGAAAUGGUGACUUCUGUGGUUUUUCUAGCAUUUGUCUCUAACAAAUGAUGAAAUAAUUACUCAUGGCCCUCUCUGCCAUUGUCUUUCAUUUUUCACGGUGAAAUUAGACCCCUUUACUUCACCAUUGUGCCCCAACAGAUUAAAUGUAAAAGGAAAAAAAAAAAGCAAGACUAUCCACACCAGUAGAAAAUGUGCUUCUCUACCUGUAAGUGACGUAAUUGUAGGUAGCUUGCCAUGGAGUUUUCAGGAUGAUCGGUAUCAGACAGUUUUCAUUUUGUCCAAAAAGUGCUGGUGGCCUUUUGUGAUGGUGUUACAACCCUCAGGGGGCUUUAGGAGGAUGUCGACGCAACUUUGUAGCAGCUUUUAAUUUCAAAACCAAUUCAGAAUCUGAAGGGCAGCUUUCACUGCCUCUCAGCCCCAGUUAGUCAAACCCCAGCGACCUUUGCCCCUGGUUGCCAAGGGCUUUGCAGUGUGAAGCAGGGAAAUAAGGAUCUGUCUGUUUAGUGGAUACCGUGUAUCCUUUAAUAGACCAGGUAACAGUCCGUGUUAGUUUAGACUAUUGUUUUGUACUGUACUUUCUUGGGUGGCAGAAGAAAGAAAAGUUAAACGUUAAAAAAGAAAAAAAACUGCGUUCUUUAAACUCUGUAUUAUUAGCAACCUCUGUUGUAUAUAGUGUUUGAUAAUAAAGUAUUAAUUUGAUUCUUAUGUCUUUUGUAAGUGAGAACAAUAGUCUUUCAGGAUACAAAACAUGCAUUGAGGCUUUGAAACAUCCAAUGUAUAUGUGGCUGAGAAGAGUCCCAAGCGGCCUGAGACGCUGCUCCAUACAGGACUCACGUGUGGUCGUCGCCCUCCCGAUCUUAAGACUCCACCAUCUUGGGACCUGGAACAACAUGACUUUUUUUGAUCAAUAGUUGGUCCUCAAAGUUUUCAAGGUCUGAUGCUGGAGCCCUGUGGUGUUUCCCGCCCCCAACCCCAGCAUGUUGGUCUGAAAGGUUUUAGGGACUUCAGUCACGGUUCUGUGCUUUGCUUUGGUUUCCUAUUUGUGGGGGGAGGUUUUCGUAGAUGACUGUUUUCAUUUUUCUCCAGGAAGAGGCUUGUCACUAUCACCCGCAGCCAAAGCAUGGGAAAGACUGCAAACCCGCUCCCGUGAGAAGGUUAGCUGAGGGCUCUUCCUCUCCGCGUCACCGGCAAAGGCAGAGCCGCCGUACCUGCGGGUUUUCAGGGACUUUGUUUUUCUCUGGUGCCUUAGCCACGGCAGCAGCCAUUUUUAUUAGUUUACCCAAAAUUUAAAAACAAAAAGCAGUUUAAACUUUUUCCCUCCAUUCAUUGCUCCCAGAGCUGUGAUCACUGAUUUUUUUUUUUCCUUCUUUUGGAAACCACCUCCACGAAAACCCUCGUUUGCCGACAACCCCCUUUUAUUUCUUAUCUUUAUGUUUUCUCUCUUGCCUUCCUCCCGCGUUUUGCAUUCCCCCAGAACUGUGAAUGGACAGGUCCGUCUCUGGUUUGGCAUCACUGAGUUUUUCCCAUGCGUCUGCCCCAGAGCUGCUCAGAUGUGAGACAAAUCUCCCUACAAUGGGCUUGCCCCCAUUGUCUGUACAGUGUAAUAGAUGCUGGCGUGUUGGAGGUUGCCCAUGAGUCAAAAUCCGCUUUCCAUGCUUUACUCUUGACACCCCAUUGAAGCCACUCAUUGUGUGUGCGUCUGGGUGUGAAGUCCAGCUCCGUGUGGUCCUGUGCUUGUACUGCCCGCUUCGCAGUUCCUUUGCACUUCCUCAUCGAGUGCUGUUUUGAAAUGCUGACAUUAUAUAAACGUAAAAGAAAAUGUAAGAAAAAAAAGAAAAAAAAAAUACAAAACACACACAGACAAACCCAUAAGAUCUGUAUUUGUAUAUACACGUGUCCGUACAAGUAUACCUAAAUAAAAAUUAAAGGUUUUCACCAUUUUAA